CAGGAUAAAAAAAUAUAACCUAUUAACGAUGCGGCGAUAACUUUCACAAUUUAAAAUUUUUUUAUAAUAAGCAGUUAAGGAGAGAUUAUUUAUAGAGAAAUGGACAUUUUUAAGUGAUGAUAAAUGAGGUGCUACUUUAAAAAUGGUUCCAGAUUUUCUAAAAAAAACAUUUCAAGAUGAGAGUAAAGAUCAUGGGGAUCGAGCUUUCUGAAAACAUUAGAUCACCAUGAGUCGUUGGAUUCCUCGUCAAGUUCUAGUGUUAUCAAAACUUACCCCCCUUGAGCUUCUCAAAUUUCGAAAUCCAGACAUAAAGGAAAAACAACUUCUUGAACAAUUUAGCAGACAAGGAAAAAAUCCAAUAAAAGUCUUACAUGAGCAUCGCUCGCAACUUGCAUUUGAAGCCAAAGUGAUCAAAGUUCUCCGAAAGUUUAAGAUUAAUUUUCGAUUCACUAAAAGAAUGGUAGAUGCUUCUAAAUAUGUAGAUUGGGCAGACUUUGUUAUUACAACCGGAGGAGAUGGAACAUUUCUUGCAGCUUCAAAAUUAAUAAGAGACAACAUAACACCAUUAAUGGGAUUUAAUUCAACUAAUUCUUCGAGUAAUCUAACUUUGCCGACUCAGUAUACUGAAAAUGUCGAAAAGGCUUUUAAGAAACUGUUCGCAGGAGCUUACAAGUUGGUUAUGAGAAGUCGCAUCCGGACCGUGAUGUAUGGCAAAGGCCUUUACAGCCAUUCCUUUCUCGUAAAUGAAAAGAACCGCACGCAAGGAGAGAAAAUAAUAGACGCCUUGAUACGGUCAACGGAGAGAAAAGUCGCUGACGCAAUGCAACCCCAGAUCAGAAUUCUCCCCUGGCUUGCUUUAAACGAAGUCUUUAUCGGAGAAUUUGUCGCAGCAAAAAGAACGACGCUGAUUAUUCAAGUGGACAAUAAUCCUCAGGAGUACAAAUUCCGAUCCUCUGGACUAUGCGUUUGCACUGGCUCUGGAUCGAGGUCAUGGUUCCGGGCUAUAAAUUUCAAAGGAAGAGAAACAAUACAAGAAAUAGUAGCACUGGCAACGAAUAAUGCCCUACAGCUGGAUGACAAGAGAGCUGCCUUACUCAUGCAGAAAUAUCUCAAUCAUUAUGUCUUCGAUCCAGAAGAGCAGAUGAUUGCUUACAAGAUUCGGGAAUUACAUCGAGCUAGCACAUGGCCAAAACCUAAGGAUCUUCAAGAUGUUCAAAUGUGCAGAAAAGUUACGGUUAAAUCACUGAGUUAUGAUUCUGGUCUGAUAGUGGAUGGUGGUGUAUCUUUGCCAUUCAAUCAUGGUGCGAGAGCCACUUUCGAGAUUAGACCAGAAGAUGCUCUCAAGACUAUUUCACUGAAUUAGAUCAAAAUCUUCAUAAUAGAAAUUGUCGUUACUUUACGGUCAAGCAAUUACGUAACCUUUCCGUUGACAAGAACAGCUAGGGUUUAGACAGAAAA